GUGUUCUUUCGCCAAGGUUGCAUUCCUUCAUGAGAGGGGGGAAUCAUCAAUCUCUCGUGGACUCAGCGAACUCGAUGUUGGUACGAUUGUCCGGAUCGAUUGUACACGCCCGGAAGCUGAAUCGUAGCUGGCAAACGCUCGACCGAGGACCGAGCAGCGGCGGUGAGGAUUGUUCGAUCGGGUGGCCGAGGCGGCUUUCCGGCGGCCCGGUCCGGGUGCUCGGGAUCGAGUGCUCGUGCGACGACUCGUGUGCAAGCAUCGUCGGCUCCGACAAGCGGAUCCUCUCGAACGUCCGGCUGAGCCAGAACGAUGUCCACAAGGCCUUCAACGGCAUCCAUCCGUACCAUGCCAUCCAUGCCCACCAGAUCAACGUCCCUAUCGCGAUCGGACGAGCCUUGAAAGAAGCAGGCCUCAAGCUCACCGAGCUCGAUGGGAUCGCAUACACUCGUGGGCCAGGGAUAGCAGGCUGUCUGGCGGUAGGAGCCACGGCGGCCAAAAGUCUGGCGAUCGCGACAGGGAUACCAUUGUUGGCGGUCCACCACAUGCAAGCUCAUGCUCUUACGCCGUUCUUGACCCAGACCCACGACGAAAUCGAGUUUCCGUUCUUGUCCUUGUUGGUCUCAGGUGGACAUACAAUGCUGGUCCUGGUCAAGUCGACCAGCGAAUUCAAGAUCUUGGCUAAUACGGCAGACAAGCCCCUAGGGCUUGCCAUUGACAAGAUUUCCCGGGCAUUGGAUGUGCCAUGGCCGGAGGGGAGCGCGUCGCCGGGGUCAGCGCUGGAGAUGUUUGUGAACGAGGGGGAUGCAGACGAGCUGGCGGGGGAAGAGGAGGCGGCGCUGCCGCUGGCCCUGCGCACGGGGCCGUCGGUGUUCUCGUUCUGCGGCCUCCAGACGGCAACCAUCCGGCGACUGGCCGCCCACCCGGACCGCCAUCCAUCCACCGCGCACAAACGCAAAAUCGGCAGGGCGUUCUUCGACGCCGCCUUUGGCCAGAUCGAGCGCAAACUUCGCCACUGGAUCCAUCAACUCUCUUCCACCCAUCCCGAAAAACUCAAGGGCUUGGUCAUCAGCGGCGGGGUCGGUAGCAACCAGAUUUUGAGAGACAGGGUUGAAAAGCUACUCAAGUCGAUCGAUCCCGAACUGAAGCUGCACAUCCCCCCGAUUUCAUUUUGCACCGACAACGCGGCAAUGGUCGCCUGGACGGGAAUCGACAAGCUGGCGCGCGGUAAAACCUCGGGAAUGGACGUGUCUGUGGCUGCGAAAUGGAGCAUCGAGGAUGCCGAAGAUGAGAGUGCUGGGACCAUGACUUAAGAAUAUGGUCCCUUGGGAGUUAUCUUUUCAUGUUUCGUUUUGCCCGAUUGGUUGACUAACCGCCCUCUUGGAAUCUCGUGGUCAAAGCUUUUGAGUAUUCAUGGUUGUGGAAUAUAAGAUCCCAUUGACUCCCACAUCCUUUUAAUGACCUUUUACCACAGGGUGUUGUAAUUGAGACCAAAUCACCAAAAAAAAACAUCAUUCGGCCUAAGAUUGCGAGAAACGCUAGAACAACUACAUUCCAACACCCAAGAAUCAGAAAAUACAUGUAUGUACGUGGGUGUGCUAUCCAUUACAUUUGAACCCGGGUAACUUCAAUCUCAUCUUCGAC